AUGCACACUAGAACUCCAGAGUCGCUCGCCACACCUCAUGUUAGCAGUAAAUUGGCGACGAUAAUUUUCAUCUUCACCCUGCUUGGGUUCGUCAUAGAGACCCAGCUUACACAAUACGUCCAAACCAGCCUCGGUUAUAGGCAGUCCUUCUUCCUUUUUUAUAUUGUACAUUCGUCCUUCGCCAUAAUAUUCCCCCUUCACCUACUGUAUCUUAUCGCCACAACGAACUACACUGCUGUAUCUCUAUUGAAAGGCCUCGCCAUCGCUAUAUCGAAUCAUCUUGUGCCGUCGCAGAAGAGUAAUGACGCCUUUAAAUUCCCCACUGCCAAAUUCCUCCGUCUAUCCCUCGCCUUAAUGGUGGGCGUAACAUGCCCUGGACUCCUUUGGUUCGCAGCUAUACCUCUUGCUUCAAUCACGGACGUGACUGCCAUCUGGAAUACCAACGCAUUCUUUGCAUACCUCAUCAGUGUCAAAGUGUUCAAGCUGAAGUGGGAGCCAAAGCGUCUUAUGGCUGUCGUUCUCGCAACAAUUGGCACGGCUGUUGUAGUCUACGGAGGCAGUAAGACAUCGGAAGAAUCUGGCGUCUCAACCACCGCACCCUCGACAUACAAGAAACCCGCCGCCCCGCUUAUAGGCAACCUUAUGACUCUCGUUGCGUCGUUCGGGUACGGCCUGUACCAGGUGCUGUAUAAAGUAUAUGCCGCACUGCCCUCGGAUCCAGAGGUCGCUGCUGAACGCGCCUACGAGCAAAUUCCCGACGAAGAGGGAGGAGACGUCUCUGUUUCUGUUGAGGUAGACGCGACAGACACGGUGUACCCUCCUCCUUUUGGGUUUCACCCCAAUUUUUUGACGUCGAUAUUGGGCGUCCUCACGUGCCUUAUUCUCUGGAUACCUCUUCCCUUUCUCCACUAUUCUGGAGCAGAGGUGUUCCGGCUUCCACCCAACCUUUACACCGCACUCUGCAUCGCUGGUAUCUCACUUAGUGGUGUAGCCUUCAAUGCGGGUUUCAUGGUUCUUUUGGGCGUCUGGGGCCCCAUUAUCGUGUCCGUUGGGAACCUCCUGACCAUCGUACUCGUGUUAAUCUCCGAUGUUCUCUUCGGCCCAGGGUUGCAAGUUAUCACUCUCUGGAGUCUCAUAGGUUCAGCAGGGAUCGUCCUGGCCUUUGGUAUCCUUGCAUACGACAUCUUCAGCAAGAGGUCUUGA